CCAGGCCCGCUCGCCAUGGCCCUCUUCGGGGCCCUCUUCCUAGCGCUUCUGGCAGGCGCUCAGGCCGAGCUCCCCGGCUGCAAGAUCCGCAUCACCUCCAAGGCGUUGGAGCUGGUGAAGCAGGAGGGCCUGCGCUUUUUGGAACAAGAGCUGGAGACCAUCACCAUUCCGGACCUGCGGGGCAAGGAGGGCUACUUCUACUACAACAUCUCGGAGGUGAAGGUCACAGAGCUGCAGCUGACAUCCUCUGAGCUCCAUUUUCAGCCAGAGCAGGAGCUGAUGCUACAAAUCAGCAACGCCUCCUUGGGGCUGCGCUUCCGGAGACAGCUUCUCUACUGGUUCUUCUAUGAUGGGGGCUACAUCAAUGCCUCUGCCGAAGGCGUGUCCAUCCGCACAGCUCUGCAGCUCUCCAGGGACCCCACUGGCCGUAUCAAAGUGUCCAACGUCUCCUGCCAGGCCUUGGUCUCCAGAAUGCACGCAGCCUUUGGGGGAACCUUCAAGAAGGUGUAUGAGUUCCUCUCCACAUUCAUCACCUCGGGGAUGCGCUUCCUCCUCAACCAGCAGAUCUGCCCCGUGCUCUACCAUGCAGGGAUGGUGCUGCUCAAUUCCCUCCUGGACACCGUGCCCGUACGCAGCAAUGUGGAUGAGCUUGUUGGCAUCGACUACUCCCUCCUGAAGGAUCCUGCAGCUUCUGCCAGCAAUCUGGACAUGGACUUCCGGGGGGCCUUCUUUCCCCUGGCGGAGGGCAACUGGAGCUUGCCCAACCGGGCGGUUGAGCCCCAGCUGCGGGAGGAGGAGCGGAUGGUGUACGUGGCCUUCUCCGAGUUCUUCUUUGACUCCGCCAUGGAAAGCUACUUCCGAGCGGGUGCCCUGAAGCUGUCACUGGUGGGGGACAAGGUGCCCCACGAUCUGGACAUGCUGCUGAGGGCCACCUACUUUGGGAGCAUCGUCCUGCUGAGCCCGGCGGUGAUUGACUCCCCGCUGAAGUUGGAGCUAAGGGUCCUGGCCCCACCUCGCUGCACCAUCAAGCCCUCGGGUACCACCGUCUCUGUCACCGCAAGUGUCACCAUCGCCCUGGUCCCGUCCGACCAGCCUGAGGUCCAACUGUCCAGCAUGAUUAUGGACACCCGUCUCAGCGCCAAGGUGGCACUCCGGGGAAAGGCGCUGCGCGUCCAGCUGGACCUGCGCCGGUUCCGAAUCUACUCGAACCAGUCUGCACUGGAGUCGCUGGCACUGAUCCCACUGCAGACCCCUCUGAAGACCAUGCUGCAGAUUGGGGUGAUGCCCAUGCUCAAUGAGCGGAUGUGGCGGGGGGUGCAGAUCCCACUACCCGAGGGCAUCAACUUCGUGCGCGAGGUGGUGACCAACCAUGCGGGCUUCCUCACCAUCGGGGCCGACCUCCACUUUGCCAAAGGGCUGCGAGAGGUGAUUGAGAAGAACCGGCCUGCCAGCACCAGCGACACCUCGGCAUCCAGUGCCCCACCACCUGCCACGACGGCUGCCUGA